AAAUCAUAUGAUCUUAGAGCCUUAUCCUUACCCACCACAAAAUCUCCAAUUUCUUCCUUUUCUUGUUUUCUUCUUGUAUUCUCUUCAUACCAGGAGAAGAAAAAAUAAUAAUAAUAAUAACAAUAAUACUUGCUACUACUACUCUCUCUCUUUCUCAAUCCACCAAUCAUGUAAACAAUGCAAAAGAAAUUGCAUUUCUUGUCUGCCCACAAAUUCUCAUUACCCUGCACUAAACUCAACAAUUUCCCCUCUCCUUGCCAUGAUUUUCAUUCACUUUCUUGCUCAAGAACUCUCCAUUUUCCGUCUCUUUCUUCCAAGACAAACACUACCAUUCCUCUUCCUCGUAAGUCUCCUAAGACAACUGAACCCAUUAACAACCCACCUCCACAAAAACCCGACGAUGAUUUCCAAGAAAAAAUGCUCUACCUAGACUCACUAGGUCUAGACAUCUUCUCCAUAGCAGACCACCACCGUCGGAUUAUCCUCUCCGCCUCCCUCACCAACAUUAAGUCAACCGUUGAUUUGUUCACCUCUAUGAACUUCACUUCGAUAGAGUUUCGCAGGAUUGUUUCCAUGUGUCCCGAGAUUCUCGCUUUAAAUUCCUCUUCCAUCCUCCCCAACUUCACCUUCCUUCUCCGGGAAGCUCGCGUCAACGGUUCUGAUUUAAAGAGAGUAAUCAACCGACGGCCAAGACUGUUAGUCUCAAAUGUGAAACACAGACUGCGUCCUACCUUAUAUUUUCUCCAAAGUAUUGGAAUAGAAGAGAAUUCGUGGAACUGGAACGAUAGUGAACAUUUAUGAGGCUUGGAGUUUGAACAACCCCUUUAAUUAGGACCCUUUAUUUUUAUAGAGGAGAGGAAAAACAGGAGACCAGUAAAGAGAAGUUAUGUGAGAAUCGGGAGUGCCUUGUUAAUCCCAAUAGAACAAGCUUACCAUUGCAUGGAAAGAUUUCGAGCAUAUCUUGUCUGGUAUGCAGCAAACUGGUGAGCUGGAUUGCCAAAGUUUUUAUGUUUUAUCAGGUGAUUGUUUCUGCUUGUUCAUCUUCUAGCCCAGCUUGUAAUUCUGAAAUUUGAGAUGAAAUAAGCUCUUAGAGCUUCAACUGGCUGAUUCUUUUAAGGGUAUAAGCUAUUAGUAUCGGUGGUGCAAAACAAGUUAUUGCUCUCCUAAUCACAAGUCACUACAACAUGGAAAUAGGAUUUAUGCCAGUUAGCAUUAUGUAUACUGUACUAACCCCUAAACCAUUCAUCAAAAAAGCAAACAAGACCACCGUGGAUGGUUUUGUUGAUCGAAGGAAUGUUAGCUCAGUACUGCAGAAUUUGCUCCUUGUUUUGUUCCUCGACUGCUCUGCUGGAAUAGUAAGGGUAAGAGAUGUAUUUUUCUUCCCUCAAGAGUCUCAACAUGGAUAGUCUGGCUUUGAUUGGAACGUCUGUUUUCUAUUGAACUUGAAAGACUCGAAAGGUAAGCUUAUUGCUAUGUGCAAAAACGCAUAUGUAAAAGAAAGAAGGAACAAAAAUCAAUAACUCCUUCGGUCAUUUAAGAACCCAGAAUUUUCACUUGAAUGCUAACUCUCCAACACUUGCUCCUAGUUAUAGAUUGGAGCAAAUAUAGUCUACCCAUUAUUACCACCAAAUAUAGUUUUGUAGUUCCAGUUUCCAACGAAGAUCGAGUCCAAGCAUGAUUAUGGUGAUCAGGUAGCUGUCCUUAGAAAUACAUAGUUCUUUUACCCUUUGUUUGGAUCGAGAGAAAACAAGA